UUCAUGAGCUACAGCGCAUGUGUCGAAGCCUCGGGUAUCAGAGGACCGUCACUACUAUGUACGCAGCAGAGUCUGAUAUUCUCGACUUGAGGGCCUCUAAUGACUGAGGACGUCUAAGAGUGUUCAGUUUCUGGCUAUGUGGUUUUAAAACAUGUCAAGAUGGGUGCAAUAUUUAACCUUCUUGAGCAGUUCAGACUGGAGUCCUACUAUAGCCAGUUUGUUCAGCUGGGCGUGAAGGAUGAAAGAGAUUUCCUGGAUGGAGUAACAGAUGAAGAUCUAAACCAAUUAGGUUUCAGUCAUGUAGAAAAGAAUCGUUUUUCAGCCAUGAAAACCUUUGUUCAAAGACUCGGAGCCCCAAAAGGUCAAACUGUGACGCCUCUGCAAAAAUCCGCGGAGUCGUUCAGUCUGCGGUACACGUACCCCAAAUGUCCUGAACCGAAGCAUAUUAAUGAUGUGGAUCCAGCACAAAACACAGUUGAGGAUCUGAUGUUAAGGAUCUGUCAUUGUGAAAAGGCUGGCAACACCAAAGGAGUCUGUCUCUAUACCGUAGAUGGGAUGCCGUUGACAGAUGAUCCCUUCUUCAACACAUGGUCUUUGAGAGAGCGACACAUUGAAAAUGGUGCUGUGAUCUAUGCUGUAUUUACACCAAAGGAAAACCUGGUGGAGGCGCCUCCAAUGCCAGAGCGAGAUCCAGAAACCUUUGGAGUGGAUGUGAUUCGGUGCCACAUCAUGCUGAAGGGAGAUUUUGAGGUGAUGGUCGACUUGGAAAGUGACACAAUGGCAAGUCUAAGGCUCAAACUGUCAAAUGCCAGUGGAAUCCCAGCACACGUCCUUCAUCACAUAGGUGAAUAUUCAGGUGGUGACACACUGCAAAAGUGUGGAAUCUCUGAAGGGUCAACGGUUCCAUAUGCUUUGUCUUCGUUUCCUGGAGAGACUCCGCAUGAUGAGACUUACUACAUUGAUGAUGUCAUGCCUUCAGUGCAACAAACCAAGAAAGGAAUGAGUGUGUUCUUCUCUUCACUUCAUGCUAUUCAUCACCAUCCAGGAUCAAUCCAGGGCAAACUGAUUGCCUACAUACGAAAACUGACUGGAUGUAACCCUCUCGCCCAAAGUUUGCAUCAGUUAUUCUGCAGAAAUGAAAAGAUGACCAGGAACCAGAAGAUUGCAGUUGUCGAGGGCUUGUACGUGCUCUUCAGAGAGCUUUUGCCCCAACAAGGAUCCCGUCGAGGGGAAAAAGUCAUCGAGGAUCAGGAUGUCUUUGAGAAUUCAUUGUUCUGCUGGGCACAUCUCAUGUACAAAAUCAAGAAAUGGAGAACAGAACCUGAAGUCUACGCUCCAAUCAAUCUUCUGUCUGGAGAUGGUAACCACUUCUGUGAACCGGUGCGAGUACCUGGAGUACCAGGAGUGUUUGAACGAGCACAUGUUCUCCAGAGAAUCAAAGAUGGAGAUAAAAUUCCAAAUUGCACUGCGGAACCUUUGCAAGAAAACUCGUUACAGAGAGCCACUGACAUUGAGAAAAUCCUGCUCAGCUUGCCUCGAUUCACCAGAGCAUAUCCUCUCUGGAUUCAUCAUAACAAGACGUCUGGUCAGAACUUUCAGAUCAAUAUUCAGAGGACCUUUGGAAGUAUGGUGGAGGGAUUGAAAUCUUUCGAUCGACUCAAUGUUGCCCCACCUCUACAUCUGAAGAAUCUGGGAUAUACUGGGAGUUCCCUUGUUUUCCUCAGCGAAGACAACCUUGGCAUUUAUCUGUAUAAAGACAAAUGUGCUGCUGACAUGAUCGUAGUGCAUGACUGUCUGGAUGGAAAAAUAAAAAAAUUGGAUGUGAAUAUACUGGCAGCUAUGACUGGAGACCGUACAGAUGACCAAUCAUUUGUCACAAGUAGGACUCCAAAAGAGGCAAUAGUGGUGCUGAUAGAUACCAGCUCCUCCAUGGAAGAAGAGUGCUAUGAAAAUGCAGAAAUAAGGAAGAUAAACACCGUGAAAGAGCUCUUUGACAACUUUGCCACUAGGAGCAUGGCGUACGAUUUCCAUCAUGUCAUUGGUCUUGUGAAGUUUGACUCUAUGGUGAAGACCCUCCACACAUUUACUGAAAAUCUGGAAAAUUUCAAGGUGCACAUACGUAACCUUGAGGCGAGUGGUUGUACACUGCUGUAUGAUGCACUAAGACGUGGGGUGUCUGAGCUGGAGAAGGUCAAAACAAGGUUCCCAGAUUGUCGACUCCGCAUCAUAUGUCUCACUGAUGGAAAUGACUCUGGAUCUUCAAUAGAGCCAGCUGCUGUUACAGGAAAACUGCUCAAAUCAGACAUCAUUGUGGAUUCAAUCCUUCUUGGAAAAGUGGAGAACAACAUGCUGCAUGGAAUCAGCAAUGCAACAGGUGGCUGCUGUUUCAAACCACAGACAACCAAAGACGGUGUGAAGCUCUUUGAGAUCGAGACAGUUUUGUCCUUGGAGCAGAGAAAACCCAAGAACAAACUUGACCCAUCUUCCAUCUCUGAGUCCACAUUAACAGGAAUGUUUGCUACUCAUGGGUAUGACGAAUAUCCAGAGACAUCUUUGCCCAGCCAGAUAAACAGCAAAGUGACCAUGACAGAAAGUGCUCUGAAAAAGAAGAUUCGGGAGUCAAAGGGUGGGUCCUUCAUGGAGAAGGAUAAACGUAUCCUGGAGGAGCUCAAGAGUCUGCAUUGUGACCCACAUCCAUUCUGCAGAGUCUUUCCAGCAGAGUCAGACUUUACGUUCUGGAAGAUUCUCAUGCAAGGUCCUCCUGACACACCAUAUGAGAGAGGAGUAUUUGAGCUGUACUGUCAGUUUGGUUCUGACUACCCAGUGAGACCUCCAGUCGUUCGUUUUGUCACACCUGUGUACCACUGCAAUGUCAACAGUGUGGGCCGCAUCUGCCACAACAUAUUCGACCGCAACUACAAUGCCCACAUCACCAUGAGAGAGGUCUUGGAUGCUGUGUUUGGACUGCUCAUCAUCCCUGAACCAAAAGAUCCACUGGACAGCAUUUUGGCUGAGGAAUUUCUGACGAGUCAUGAGGCAUACGAACAAGAAGCCAGGAAACACACAGAGGAAAAUGCUGGGAAGUAUCUGGAUGACAUGGAGAAGAAACUGGUGGAACCUGUGCCACAGUUUAUACCCCAACAUCUGCUCUGUCCUCUCACCAAAAAGAUACUUGUUGAUCCUGUGAAAACUGUGUAUGGUACUGUGUAUGAACGUAAAUCCAUUGAGGAACACCUCAAAAGACACCAGUAUGAUCCGAUGGCAGGUCCAGGACAUGAGCUUCAAAUGAGUGACCUAACUGCAGACCGGGAUAUGAAGAAAAUGGUGAUGGAUUAUCGAUCUCGCCAAAUUCAGUGAAUCUGUGGGAAAACAACUUGGAAGUUGAGGAGUUGCUAAGACGCAAGGAAAUCUGACUGACUUGUAUUUUCACUCAGUGUGCUAGCAGUUUAUUGGUUCUCUCUCUCUCACACACACACACACACACACACACACACACUGAAACUUCAAAAAUCCUCAGUUCAUUUGUUCUAAUUAAUCUCUGAAAAUCUGUUCAAUAAUUGUUUGCCAAGUCUGUUUGCUCAUUUGUCACAGCAAAACAUGUUCAUAGUUUGUAAUCGUCAUUCUUACUUUAUACUUUAAUAAUCUCAUCAUCCUCAUUAUUUUCUUUUUUAGAUUAAUGAAUACAGGUUCAGGUUUACUGCAUGUGUCUUGGUUGUGGUUAUAUAUUAUACAGACAUAUGUAAAAGUGAGAGUGUGAAAGUUACUUUUAAGGAUGUGAUAAUAAUAAUAAAAUAUAGCGAUUUCUUGAA